AACUGUUCAGACACACUGCAGAUUGUUUUCUGACUCAGGAGGAGUCCUCUGGAUUUAAUUACAUUUUGUUUCACCUGUUUGGUUUGAUCAAACAGCUGCGAUGAAUCAGAGCAACGCUGGAUCGGAGUCUUUUCCAUAUUACUACUACGACUACCCAGACUGGUACUCAAACCCAGAGCCAACCAAACCACCAAAAGAAGUCAUUUUACCAUGUGACCCAACAGCAGAUGACAAGCUCUUCCAUAUAUGCAUGUUAUCAGUUUCUUUUGUGAUCAUGUUGGUCCUGGCAGUUCUCACCAGGAAAAACAAGUUGUGCCAGGGAUUCUCACGAGGGUCCUCGAGCAUCUUCAGUCCAGUCAAUUUCCUGGACCAGACUCAGCAGAAGGGCCUGGUCAUGGCAGUUUAUGGACUGAUGUUCAGUAAGCUGGCGGUGCUGAUGAUCUCCCCCGACCCUCUGCCUUUCUUCAAAGACACUCCAGCAAGCAUUAAAGAGUACAUGAAGAUAAUAGGCAUUUUCUACUACCCAGUCCUGUAUUAUCCUCUGCUGGUCUGUGGAACCCUGCAGAACAGCGCAGGUUACGUCUUUGGAUCACUUCUUUCUUUCACUCACUUUGGGGUUCUGGUGUGGCAAAAGUUUGACUGUCCAAAGACUCCAGAGAUCUAUAAGUACUACGCUCUGCUUGCAGCACAACCUCAGCUGGCGUGUCUCGCUUAUCUCUGUGUUCAGUUUCCUGUGCUGUUUGUCAAAGGACCAGAGACUGAUGAGGACCUGGACAGCAGUUACUACACUGAAUAUGUGAAGUCACUUCUUAAGAAGAAGUCCUCGACUGUCAGCUCCUCUGCUGCAGACACACCAGCCGUUUUAGAGAGAAUCCUGGAGGUGGCCAAGAGUUACAUUUAUAGACCUGAGAGAGUGUUUCGUUUCCCACUAAAGCUGGCUGUGUCGUCUUUGGUUGCCUGUUUGGCCAUUUAUCACGUACGUCUCUGGGCCAAAGAAUCGAACCUGAAGGGGCUGUAUAAGGGCGACGCAUACAGGAUUUAUAACAGCCAGAAGACGAUCUGUCCGUCUAAGUCUGGUGUUGUCUGCUGGAUGGGUUUAACAGGAUACCAGGCCGCCACCGUCUGCUUGGGAAUGGCUAUCCAGACGCUUGUGUUUUUCAUCUGUUUCUUGUUCCUGGUGUUUAUAAUAAUCAUCCCUGUUUUUCAUGGUCGUAACCUUAUUGUUUUUGAAGUAGUAGGAAAGUCAUGGCCAGCCUGGGUGAUGAUCAUACUGGUGUCAGUGCUUCAACAUGUGACCUCCAAGUUGUUCUUCAUCAGUAAAGAAGCUGAUACAACAGAUCUUAACAACAGAGAGACUUUGUUCCUGCUGACUUACCUGCUGUUUGUCGUCAACAUUGUGGUCGGACUAAUUGUUGCAAUCUGGAGAAUCGUUAUAACAGCUCUGUACAACAUCAUUCAUUUUGGGCGCAUUGACGUCAGUCUGCUUCAUCGCACUGCAGAGUCCUACGAUCCAGCCUUCUAUUACUACACCCACUUUCUGAAGGUGGAGGUCAGUCAGACACACCCUGUGUUGAAGGCUUUCUGUGGACUGCUGCUGGACAUGAUGAUUGAGCUCAGAGCGGGACAGAAAAAAGAUCCAGAGGAAGUUUCUUUACAAAUUGACACAAAAAGAAUUCAGUGUUGA